AUGGGGAACUACCAAGAUUCUCUCCAUAAAAUCACCUCUACAAGAAGAAAAAUAAAUACCAAAUAUAUCCACCCGUCUGAUUCAACCUGGAUUUUGAAUCAUGCCAAAGUUACUAAAUUGCUGAUCCCAGAAGUUGAAUACCUGUGGGCAGUUUUUAAAAAGCUUGGAUGUACAAGUGAUGGAUUUCUCAAUGACAAGCAUAUACAAAAUAUUCCAGAUCCAAUCAUGAGAAAUAUGUUUUUGGCUUUUAAGGCACCGAAUUUUCCACUGAAUUUUGAAAAUUACCUGAAAGCAGUUGUGAUGUGUUCUUCACUGGAUGUGGAAACCUCUUUCCAUUUUACCAAUAAUGGACAAACUUUGGACAAGAAUCUGAUUUUGAGAAUUGUCCAGAUUCUUUAUCCAGACGAACAAGAUGAUCAAGCCAAGCACAUCACUGAAAUGUUGUUUGAAGAACUCGAUGAAGACAAAACUGGUUUCAUAACAGAAGAACAGUUUGUUAAAGCCAACAAGGAAUUCUUGCAGGAAGAGACAAAUGAAAUCUUUGAGUUAACAAUUCUACUGAAAGACUUGCAGGAAGAUCUGGAUAAACAGUUGCCAGAAUUUUGUGACUGUAAAGAUGUUCCUUCCUUGCCGGACACAGGAAAAUUGAUUCCAUCUGAUUCUCUUCUUGGGCAAAUUUCCAAACGCAUUGCAACAAAAGACUGGAAGAAAGUGGUCAAUAAACUUGGAUUUUUAAGUCAGGAAAUUGAAAAUCUUGAAAAAAAGUAUCCAGAUGAAACUUCUCAAUUGAUUUUUGAGAUUCUUCUUUGGUGGAAAGAACGUGAAGGUGAAAUGGCCUGUGCAGAAAUUCUAGAGAAAGCACUUUUAGACUGCAACAUUGUGGAUGUCGCUAUUCUCUUGGCACCAUGA